AUGACGUACCAAGGGAAUUCAAUGCUUCUCAUAAUUACAAGUAGGUGUCGAUAUCUUGUGCUCUUAUUUCUUUACUUACUCAGGACUUUUGAAAAAGGUGCUCGAAACAUGGCGCAAAUUUGGCAAGCUAAAGUCAGAAUCAACACCAGAAAUCUACGUUAAGUUUACAAUGCAAGUUAAAAAGGGACCCAUGCACCAGUUUAGAAUGGAAGGUACUACUUGGCUAAGUAAAGAAGAAUUUAUUUGAGUCUUUACACCUUUUUCACCUUUUGCGACUUUUCACCCGAAAUGAUUCAUAGUUGUUGUAGCGAAAAUGCGGUUCGAUAAAAGAAAUGGUAGAAAAUAAUGAAAGACAUUUUUUCCCUUAUUCCUCUCUGGACCUUGUUCUUUUACAACAUAGGGCUACUCCUCAAUAAUUUCAAACUUUAGCCUUUACACAUUUUAGAGCAGCGCCUAGAGCAUUGCGAGAUGGUUGACUUUGUAUUUGCAGACUCGAAAAUAACCCCGAAAAUAAAAUCCGUUGAUAUGACAGACCUACAACUGGCCUUGAAUACUGCUCAAGUUGGGAGAACCUUCCAAGACAGAAGUCAUGUGAUCCUCCUUAAACCGCGAAACAUAAUGCAAACGCAACAUCAGCAUCGCACCAUUCGCUACAUCGGGGGGAUUGGAAAAAGAGGGAACAUUGUACAGACCUAUCCUGCCAUGGAAUAUCGCUUUUUUCCUGAACGCAUCACUGUCACAACAGAGGAAAUUAUAUGUUUCGUCUGGUCUGGUAUGAAGAAAAACCUCUAUUUACCACGUUGAAUUGAAACUUUUUCAACAAAAAUUAGCUAUAGCUGAAAGUGAAUUUUCGACUGUCUUUGUAUCCUUUUGUUUCACAAUUUCCUUAAUCCUCAUCCCAUUAAUUUGUAAACUCUUAUUGUACAGACACAUGAAUAUCAUGUUGUACCAAAAUUGCAUCAAAAAUUAAUUUUUGCCAUUUAUUUUGCUUUUUCAGGUUCAAACAACAAUCCUCAGUACUAUGCUGGACAAGGAACAGCUGGUAAGAAGUUGGUGGACACAACUAUCACAAUCAUUCUCAGUAACAUAAAAUAAUGGCCAAAUCACGCAUACGUCACAGCCAUGACCCUGGAUGAGAAAAAAUGGACGCAGUUUACUCAAUACUUUGCGUUUUUUUUUUUUCAGGAACGGAUCGCACAAACGUGUGUUGGAUUAAGGAAGGAUGCAAAACUCUGGCGCCGAAAUCUUGUUCCAGGCUCCCCUCUGACGUCGUUGAACACGUUGAAAGAUUUGACAGCGACACUUUGAAUCUUCACCUCAACAGGGGGUGUUUAGCACGUGACAAAACGCUGGAUUCUCAACUGAAUAAUGCCCCAGCCUCCUGUAACCCACCGUACUUCCGCAUUACGAAGCCUGGGGAGUACUGUUACAUAGGUACGCGCAAUAACAAUUUCUCCAAUCGACGUCACAUUGGUCAGAUUACUGUCAUCAAUCCUGGAAAGUGA